UUAUUUUAGCGCGUAUAAUCCUCUUUUUAUUUGAGAUUUAAAUUUACUUGAAUUUACCCGGGAAAAUUCAAAUGCGCUUUUGUAUAUUUGAAUCUUUCUAAUCUAGCAAUUUAUCUAUUACGAAAUUAUAAUCAAUAAUAUGCGUGCGAUAAAAUUAGGAGAUAAGUACGAUAUUAUGAAUAUUAGUCAACAAAUGUUUUGAUAUAUUAUUUAUUCGCGAUAUGCCUUUAUGUGUGAUUAAAAGCUUUUCAUCAAGGCUGUUCAGCACCUUAAAAAUAUUGUAUAGCUACGUAUCCGUAAACAUCGAGUUUCCUUAGAAACCGAAAGACGAUGAAAUUGGUAUGUUAAAAAUGCAUAUAGAUCAAACUUUUCAUCGCAUGGAUUUGACUUAAUGUGGUUUAUAUGUUUAAAAUCUAAGACAUUAUGGCAAAAAUUAAAUCUCUUACUGAUCAAGCUUCAAUUGUGGUUCCACCACCACCUUCGAGGUUCACAUUGAAUGAAUGGCAUCUCAAUAAUUGUUUCAGAUAUCGAUGCUGUAUAGCUCAACAAGAAUUAGCUGAUAGCCUUUUAUCAGAAUCACAAAGAGUUUGUGAAUUAACUGCUGAAACAGCUAAAAGUAAUAAAGAGGAAACAGAUCAUCGACUUAAAGAAAAGCUAGAGGAUAUUGAUUUUCGUAAAAAGGAAUUAUUAAGAAUAAGAAAGGAAGUACUUCUUGAAGUUGAUGCUCUUUCUAUAUAUAAAGAACGUAUUAUGGAUGCACUUUCUUCUGUAAAAAGAAAUGCUCUUAUUAUUUCUGAAAAAUGCCUUGUUGCAAGAGAACACAGAUUAGGAAUAGAUUUAGUACAUGAUCAGGUUGAAGUAGAAUUAUUGAAAGAGUGUGAUGUGAUCAAAGGUGCAGAGAUUUUGUUAACACGCAUUUUGGAACAAACUCAAGAACAAAUUCGUAGAUUAAAAGCUACUCUUUAUUAUAUGGAUCAUGAUCUUGAAGAUAAGGAAAAUAAUUUACGCAUUGAUAAACAUAAUUUAACGCUAAAGGAAACUAGUUUGAAUUUGAGCCUUUAUCAUGGAACUGCUCGUCUUGACCCGUCAGUCAUAACAUUGAAUGAAUGGGAAAUGCAAACAAAUAAGAAUAUUAUAGCUGCUAGUAAAGAGAUGAAUAGUGCAAGACCUAUGCGUGUUUAUAUUGAUACAAUGAUAAAACAGACAAUCGAUGAUCUAAAUAGUCAGAAAAAUGCAACGGAUGAAGCAUUUAGAAAACGUAUAGAAGAAACAAAAGAAGUAAAAACAAAAUUAGAAGUGCAACAUUCAGAGAUAAUGCGACAAGCAAGUGAAAUGACACGAAACAUAACGCAAAUAGAAAAAUCAAUUGCUGAGAAAGAAGCCUAUAUGGCUUUAGCUCAUACAAGAUUAGGGAAUCGUUGUCAGCGACCUGGUUUAGAGCUUACUAAAGAUCUUGUAGAGACAUUUCUUGUCAAGGAAGUGUAUGACUUACGUGAAAUUGUCAAGGAAUUACAGCAAAAGCUUUUCGAGCUUCAAGCAUCAUUGCGUUAUUUAUUAAAAACGCAAAUUCAACUUGAAGAAGAUAUUAAUAUUAAAACAAAUACAUUAAAAAUCGACGAGGUUGAUUGUAUGACACUACGUCAAAGUAUGAGUUUUCAUGCAUUUUAGAAGGCAGAAAUAUGUAAAAAAUAUUUUUACAAUAUGCCUUUUUCAAAUAUAUUACAGAAUUACUUUUGUCUUUCUAUAAUCUUUAUAUGUAUACGUGAUUUAUAAAAAAUAAAAGUUAAAACAG